CUACUGAACUUCAAACAGGCAUUUGGACACUGCUGAACAAUCAUUCAUCUUCAUAUUGCAAUGGAGCACAACUCAACACAAACUGUGACCCCAGAUGAUAGUGUUGUGAAUGUUGAGGAAGAGUCAAGGAUGGAAUUUAAUAGUUGUAAAGAAACACUUAAACAGUAUAUAAAAGAUCAUCGACAGGCCCCCAACACAAAACUCUUCUCGUUUCUGGCUCUCUUGAAUGCGUACGUCCCUGACUCCUACAUCACGAUGGAUGAGUGUCAACGCAUCCUUGGACCACCUGAUCCCAUCCAUGGAGGCCCCCCCUUUGAAGAAAGAAUGAAGCCUUUUACUGUCUUCAUCAAAAUGUCUGGUCCACUCCCUGGAAGAGUUUGUAUGAUUCACCCAGAGAUCGCAAAGAGCGCUGUGGAGCUACUGGCUGACUUGAAUAUUUCCAGGGGCCGUACAGCGAGGCAAUUCUUCCGCUCAUUUUGUAACAACGAGACCGAAGAUAUGGUCCAAUUCAUCAAAGAUCUGUUAACAAAGAGAGAAAUGGGAGAGCAUGGUAAAGCCAAGUUCUCCAGUUUAAUCCUUGAUAUAUGUGAGAAUCAGGACUUUCAUCAGGCUCUUUCUGUCUUGGAAAUGGCAUCAGAUACUUUCGGACAGAACCCAAAUUUUCCACAAACCAUUGCUCGUCUAUAUUAUCUAGAGAGUGGUGACUAUAACAAGACUGAAGAAUGGGCACAGGAAGCUAUCAGAAGAGCUCCAAACAACUCAUAUGUGGCUGACACUCUUGGACAAAUUCAUAAAAACAAUUUAUUGAGGAGAGUCAGUGAUCAGAGGGAUGUUGAGGAAAUAGCAGAAAAGGCCUAUUCAGCAUUUAAAGAUGUGGAGGAGAAAGCUGAGAGGGAAGAGGGCCCAGAGAUGGAGGGCACACCUGGUGUUGUAAGCACUUCAGAUUCCUUCAACAACAGAGGCCUUUUUGGCUUCAUUCAAGUGGCAAAGAUAGUCUUUAAAAAACUUGGUAAAACACGUGCUGCAGCUUCUUAUCCAAACUUACAAAAGGAAGUAGAAGACAAGUUUGACUUCUUUGAAUGGUACCUGACCUACUCCAAGCCUGAUAUGAAAACCUUUGAGCCAGAUUACUUCUGGAGGGACGUUGCACUGUGUUAUGAAUAUUACACUGGCAAAACAGCAGCUGAAUCCACCAGCUUCCCAGGUCUUCUCAACUGUCUGGAUCGUGGCCUUUUCUCCUCAAAGGGAAGCCGUGCUCGAUUUCAGGAGACUGAGAACGAUUUACAGCAAAUCCGGGACGAGUUAAAAACUAUGUAUGAGACAAAUGUUGAUGAUGUCAAAGUGGCAGAGAGGUACAUCCUCUCCAACAUCGUCUUGAGCAACAAGGAGCCUGAUUCUGCUUCACUCAGUCCGGUCCAAGAACUCCAAACAGUCAUUCACAAAUUCCUGUGCGAGGUGGGGUGUAGAAGCCCUGAGUUUUACCUUUUGGUUCUGUUGUUGUUUUGGCCUGAAGAGCCUGUUGAGGUCAAGCAAGAAGAGGAUGUUGAGGUCAAGCAAGAACCUGAACUAGAGGCCACAGAGGAGGACGGAUCACAAGACAAAACCUGGGAGGAUGUGAACACUGAUGAGGACCAAGACACAGGAGGAGAGGCUGCACAGCCAUCUCCUGAUCUCAUGUCUGACCCUGACCUACAAGAUAUUGUGACACUCAUGAAGGAAGAAUUUGCGAGGGCCAAGUAUGCCAAGUACCUUCGGGGCCGUUACCUGUUGCCUCUGUUUUUUCUGGGAAAAGGCUCCGGACUGAGCAGAUGGAUUCACAAAUCGAAGCUGGAUGUGGUGGUGGAAACAAUGGUUUUGGACAAGUUAGAAGCUCAAACUGAUGAAGAAGAUGAAAGAGAACAACUAAAGAAGGAGCUAGAUACUCAAACAGAUGAAGAGGAAAGUCAACAACAGAAGAAGAAAAUGAGGCUGUUUCAUGAUAUGUGGAUCAAAGGGGAAGUGUGGCAGAACUCACAAAUCAAAGAGAUGCUUCUUCCAGUCCAGGUGGAGCCAUGCAACUCUUCUAUGACACUGGAGGAGCAGGAGGAAGUGUUUGUUUUGGCAGGAGGGAAGAAAAUAAAGGCCAGAGUAGAGGACGAAGCAGAUGAAAGACCACUGAGCACCAUGCUUUACUACCUUGGCUUCACCAUUCAGGGUCCUGUGGUCUUCAGAGUGGGGGCCCCUCACAGUGAACAAUAAUCAUCCAUGGACACCUUGGAUAAAGGUGUAAUAAAGACGCACUGGAUAUUAGCUUCAUAGGUUUGGUACACUUACUGUGAUAGUCAUUUAAACAGAUGCAAAGUUAUAUGUUAUUUUUGGGCAGAUAAGUAUUUUUUUAUUCACUUUGGAUUUGGGACCUCUUGGAUUAUACAAAUUUGUCUAAAUGACAAAGUCUGUCUAAAAACUAAGUGCGCUCACAAGAAAAUUUAGAGUUUUAUGAAAUUCUGUGGGUUGAUGUUUGUGUGCCUGUAAUCAAUCAAUCCAAUGUAUCCAAUAGUUCUGGCAAUAAAUUUAAGUUUAAUUAUU